GAUCGCGUCGGACUUAGCAACGUGUGCUAGCCGAUCAUCCGUUGGCCUUCUCUUUCAUUCUUUCUGUCUUUAUUACAAGUAUUUUGGCGUGAGCUGAAAACAUAAAGAUGCCUCCAAAAAAGAAAGCUGGAAACAAGGCUGCCAAGGGAAAGACACCUACAGUGGUGGAUGGGCUCUCCACAGAGGAAAUGUCAAAGGAGCAGCUGGAGGAACACAUUGUUCGCUUGCGGGAGGAGCUGGACAGAGAGAGGGAGGAGCGCAACUACUUUCAGCUGGAGAGGGACAAAAUCCACACGUUUUGGGAGAUCACUAAGAGGCAGUUGGAGGAGAAGAAGGCUGACCUCAGGAACCGGGACAGGGAGAUGGAGGAGUCAGAAGAGCGACACCAAGUGGAAGUCAAGGUCUACAAACAGAAGGUGAAACAUCUAUUGUAUGAGCAUCAGAACAACAUCUCGGAGCUGAAGGCAGAAGGAGUGGUGGCCACCAAACUGUUGCAGCAGGAGCAAAACCAGCAAGAAAAUGAGCUGCGGAGGACCAUGCGCACACUUAAAGUGGAUUUAAAAGAGCAGGAUCUCUCAAAUGAGAACCUCAUCAGGAGUCUUAAACUGAAACAUGAUGAAGAAAUGACAAAAAUGAGAAAGGACUUUGAAAGACAAGUGCGAGAUAUUGAAGCAAAGUAUGAGAAGAAGAUGCAGAUGUUGAGGCAGGAGUUGGAUUUACGUAGGAAAACUGAAAUCCACGAGACUGAGGAGAGGAAGAACAGUCACAUCAACACGCUGAUAAAGAACCACGAGAAAGCAUUCAGUGACAUAAAGAACUACUACAAUGACAUCACUCUCAACAACCUUGCCCUUAUUAACACACUCAAGGAACAAGUGGAGGAGAUGAAGAGGAAGGAGGAGAGGCUGGAAAAGGAGAUGGCAGAGGUGCAGCAGCAGAACAAGCAGCUCACAGAGCCGUUGCAGAAGGCCAAGGAGGAGCUGGCCAAGCUCAAGAAGCAGCUGGAAAACUACGAGAAGGACAAGGUCUCGCUAGCGGGGGCCAAGGCACGUCUUAAGGUUUCAGAAAAAGAGAUGAAAGACCUGAAAUGGGAACAUGAAGUGCUGGAACAGAACUUUAUCAAGGUCCAGGCAGAAAGGGAUGAGCUGUAUGAGAAGUUCACCAAGGCCAUUCUGGAGGUGCAGCAGAAAAGCGGCUUCAAGAACCUGCUGCUGGAGAGAAAACUGAACACCCUCAGCGACAGCCUAGAGAAGAAGGAGGCACAGCUGAAUGAGGUGCUGUCUGCCUCCAGGCUGGACCCCGUGGCCCUCAGUGUGGUGACCCGCAAACUGGAGGACGUUUUGGACUCUAAGAACAUCGCCAUUAAAGACUUGCAGUAUGAGGUGGCUCGAGUUUGUAAGGCUCACAACGACCUGCUCCGAACAUGUGAGGCCAAACUGAGCUCCUUUGGGGUAUCUGUGGAGGAGCUGGGCUUCAAGCCGCUCGAGAGCAGCAUACCUGGCCACACUCUGGGCCUGGGGCCUGCAGGGCUGCUGACCACCCCUACGUGAUGGCCGGAUUACCCAGAGAGCUGCAUCCCAAUGACCUGCCACUGUGACACUACUUACUGGCAAUAGAUAUGCUCACCUUUGUUUUGUUCCCUUAUAGAAUUUUUCUUUAUAGCAAUUCUAUGAAAUGUGAGCAUCUUCUAAAUUUCCAAUAAAACAGACUUAGCGUUGCUUUCCAGGUGACACGAAAAUAUUGCAUUUUGUGAUGGCAGAGCAGGUGGACAGGCCUGUGACACACCAGGGCACACCAGGUGUGAGGAGAAACUAGGCCACGGGUGACAGCGGCUGCACUUCCACUAGAUUCUGUUUGGGAAGCUCAACGAUGAGAAAAAAUCAAAACACAAAACUGUCGAAAUCAAUGAAGCGGCAAAAUAAUGGCUCGUCAGCCUCAUGAGGCCAAAAAACCCAAAACUCUCAAACUGAACCACAUCCUUUCUCUUCAAGUCCAGCAGUUUUCUAUUACUAAACUUCUAGCAGCAACACUACCACCUUCUCUCGAUAGUGAGGAAUGAGGUGAAUAUGAGGUUUGUACCAGAUGCUCAUCUUCUAAUGAUCCACAUGCAGGUAUGGGUGUCAGACUGAGCAUUUCAAUUUCAAAAGACAGUUUUAUUAAUCAGUAUAACAGUAAUACGCAUU